AUGUACGAGACCAUGGUGACGCUCCAGGCGCUGGACGACGUCUUCUACCACGCGCAGCGCCAGGGGCGCAUGUCCUUCUACAUGCAGGCCGCCGGCGAGGAGGCCGCGACGGUCUGCAGCGCCGCGGGCUUGGAGCCCGACGACGAGGUCUUCGGCCAGUACCGCGAGCAGGGGUGCCUGCUCUGGCGGGGCUUCGGCCUCCAGGCCAUGGCGGACCAGUGCAUCGGCAACGUCGACUCGUUGGACAAGGGGCGCGUCAUGCCCAUCCACUACGGGUCCAAGGCGCUCCGGUUCCAGACGAUCUCGAGCCCGCUCGCGACGCAGAUCCCGCACGCGACGGGCGCCGCGCUCGCCGUCAAGCUCGCGAAGGAGGACCGCGUCGUCGCCUGCUACUUCGGCGAGGGCGCGGCGUCCGAGGGCGACGCGCACCCGGCGCUCAACUUCGCGGCGACGCUGCGCGUGCCCGCGCUGUUCAUCGUGCGGAACAACGGCUACGCGAUCUCGACGCCGUCCGACGAGCAGUUCGCCGGCGACGGCAUCGCGCCGCGGGCUCUAGCGCUGGGCAUGGACGCCAUCCGCGUCGACGGCAACGACGCGCUCGCGACCGUCGCCGCGGUCCGCGACGCGCGCGCGCGCGUCCGCGCGACGGGCGCGCCCGCGCUCGUGGAGCUCAUGACCUACCGCCUGAGCCACCACUCGACGUCCGACGACGCGUCCAAGUACCGCGGCGCCGACGAGCUCAAGGCGCUGAGCGUCCGCGCGCGCCACCCCGUCGACCGGCUCCGCGCGUACAUGGCGGAGCGGGGCCACUGGGACGACGACGACGAGGCGUCGGCCCGCGCGGACACGCGCGCCGAGGUCCGCGCGGCGCUCGACGCCGCCGAGGCCAAGGACAAGCCCCACGUCGACACGCUCUUCGACGACGUCUACGACGAGCUCACGCCCGAGCUCGAGAAGCAGAAGGCCGCGCUCAACGCGUGGAUGGCCGCCAAGGGGGAGUGA